GAACACUCCAUACAAGUUAGGGCGAUGGAUUUUGGGCAAACCAUGGAUGCCCGUUUAUCACGUGCCCAUCGGCCCAUCGUUCUGCGGGUAAAUUUGCAUUAGUUUACUGCUCCCCUUCCCUCUGCUUUAUAUAAAGAUGGUUACUCAGGCAGGACAGAGGGGUAAGAAUUGAGCUCUUUCUUGAUCAUAAUGGGCAGAAGUACUCCUUGCUGCUCUAAAGAUUCCACGCUCAACCGCGGGGCUUGGACUGCUCAAGAAGAUUCCAUUUUAAGCGAAUACAUCAAAACUCAUGGAGAGGGCAGAUGGCGAUUAAUCCCCCAAAACACAGGUCUGAAGCGUUGCGGAAAGAGCUGUAGACUGCGUUGGUUGAACUAUCUCCGUCCUGAUAUUAAGCGGGGGCACAUUUCACCUGAUGAAGAGGAUCUCAUCCUUAGAUUGCAUGGACUCCUAGGCAAUAGAUGGUCACUCAUUGCUGGACGGCUGCCAAGUCGAACAGACAACGAAAUAAAAAAUUACUGGAACGCUCGUCUCAGCAGGAAGAGGAAGUCACUGUCAAAGAAGAAAAAUCUUCCCAAAUCUGCUUCUCCUGCAGGAGAUCGCGUGUUCAAGUCUUCUCCAGUUAAAGUAACGGCAGUGAGAUUAACGAAGGGCCAAAGCAAAUAUGCUAGUACCUCUGGGAUUUCUAAUCGUCAAGAAAUGUGCUCCUCUAGUGCUGCAAUUGCACAGACUGUAGAGAUCUCCUGUGAGUCAUUGAUCAAGGAGGAUAAUUCUGAUACCAUCGAUUUUCCAUUAGAGAAGAAUAUAAUGGAAAUUGAUGAGCAGUAUGCCCCUUGUAACAGAUUCAGUUUAGUGGACUAUCAGAGCCCACAUUCUGAGCCUUGUGUACAGAGUGGAGUCAAUACAUUGCGGAGUUUAUUAUACAUGAACGAACUCUCUUCUCCAGAGUUUGAUGCAUGUACAAGUAGUAAGAUAGACCAGUUGUUAGAUAACAAUAUAAAGCAGGAGAAUUGUUUUACAGCUAGUAAUGAGCAAGCAAACAAAGAAUUUCAGAAGAAAGGGGAUUGGGUAGAAGAGCUAGAAUAUCAACAGAAGUCAAGUCUAGAGUGGCUAAGCCUACUACUCUUGGAAUCCGAGGAAGACUGAGAGGAAAGAAAUAACAAAGAAUCUGCACAGUUAUCAUGAAAACCAGACACCGUAUUGAACUGCAGUGGUCUAUGUAUGUUGAAAUGUCAUUUCACAUUUUUUAGGGGUUCAUUUAUAUCAUGGUGGUGUUGUGUCCAUUAAAAUUCAAAAUUCAAUUUUACGUUUUAUUGUCA